AUGCCUCUGGAACACACAGUCUCUAAGCUCCUAAAACUUACUAGUUUUGUCUCUCCAUACAGAUCCUUGAAUUUAAAUCAAUUUAAAGGAACAAUUCCGGCGUCAGUUGGACUGUUAUCAAAUUUAUAUUGGUUUGAUAUAGCUGACAAUCAGAUUGGAGGAAACAUUCCAAUUUCUAAUGGGACUUCACCUGGACUUGACAUGCUUCUUGAACUGCUACAUUUUCAUUUCGGAAAAAACAAGCUUUCAGGUGAAAUCCCCGAAAAACUCUUCAGCUCUAACAUGACUUUGAUCCAUAUGCUAUUUGAUGGAAACCAAUUCACGGGCAAAAUCCCGGACAGCCUCAGCCUUGUUAAAUCAUUGGCAGUGUUACGUCUCGACAGAAAUAAACUAAGUGGAGAUAUUCCUUCGAGUCUUAAUAAUCUGACAAAUCUUAACGAAUUAUACUUGGCCAACAACAGAUUAACUGGCAGUCUUCCAAAUUUAGCCAGUUAUAACAGUCUCUACACAUUAUAUGUGAGCAAUAAUACUCUGGAAUUCUCAGUCAUUCCAUCAUGGCUUUCGUCGUUACGCUUCCUAUCAACAUUAAGGAUGGAAGGGAUACAACUUGAAGGUCCAAUACCAAUCUUCCUUUUUAGCCCUACUGAACUACAAACUAUUAACCUAAAGCGCAAUGGUAUAAACGAAACAUUGGACUUUGGUACCAAUUAUAGCGAGCAGUUGGAGUUUGUGGAUUUGCAAAGUAAUGACAUAACCCAUUAUAGACCAACAUCUAGUAAACGCAUCCAAGUAUUAUUAGCAAAUAAUCCGGUGUGCAUGGAGUUGGGGAACGAACCGAGUUACUGCUCAAUUGUCAAACAUAAUUCUUCCUUUUCAACUCUCCCAUUGAAUUGUGCUCCAUGUGUUAUGAACAAGACAACGAGUCCCACGUGCCAAUGUGUGUAUCCAAUCACAGGAACACUCUUCUUCAGAUCUCCUUCAUUCUCAGGGUUUUUCAACUCCACCAACUUCAUGAAUCUUCAGCAGGGAAUGGUAGAGUUCUUUAAGAAGUUCGUUUAUCCGGUUGAGUCGGUGGCUAUCAGAAACAUAAGAGAGGAUACAACUGAUCGUCAGCUUCUAAUAGAUCUCUUGGUCUUCCCAUUGGGAAAAAUUAGUUUUAAUCAAACAGAAAUGGCAAUUCUUGGUUUUGCGUUUAGCAACCAGACUUACAAGCCUCCCAAGAUAUUUGGUCCUUACAUUUUUCAAGCCAAUCCGUACAGUUACUUCUCGGAUGUUGGAGGUGCUUCAGAAGUAGGAAAGUCCAAGUCACUAAGCACCGGUGGUAUCGUCGGAAUAGUAUUCGGUGCUGUUGGGCUGCUGUUGUUAAUUGCAUUUGGGAUAUGGAUUUCUCCUUGUUGUAAAAAAAGAGAGCAGAAGAACAAAGGAAAGGGAGCAAGUGAUCGAAUUAAUCAUCAACAAGUCCGCGUUACAGAGACUGAGACAGAAACCGUUCGGGUAAAAUCCCGCAUUACAGAGUUAUAA